GCCUCUGCCUUUUUUAUCCUUCUUUCCUUUGCUUUUGCCUCAAAUUUGCUCUUUCUUUUGAAUUUAAAAUUAGUAUUCAAAAUGCUCAGUUUCUUUCCUUGAACUUGUAAUAUCUUUUCAUCCCUUCACAUUUUUCUUGAGUUUGGAUGACAUGUUUAUGGGGUGAUUCUUGAAUAGUUAUAUGUAUGUGUAAAUGAAGAAUUUAUCGCACUUUGUCUUCAUGUUUGCUGCAUGAUUCCUGUUUGUGAUCUCUGAACCACGCAACUUUUACCGUGACAUUGUUCUGUGCAAACAGUUAAUGUUUCUGUUGUGGUCUUGAAUUCAAUUUAAUGGUUUUUGUAGCCAUAUAAUACAAUGGCUUGCUUGACAUGAACCGGUCAAGGGGGAGCACCCCUUGGAAAGGCUAGUGGAUAAGUGGAUAUAGCUGUAAGGUCUGUUACUUCUCUGAGCUUUGAAGUUAGUCAUGGAGACUAAGAACAAAGAAAUGGUAUCUAAGAUGGACGAUUAUGAAGUUCUAGAGCAAAUUGGAAGAGGAACGUUUGGUGCUGCAUUUCUUGUUCUUCAUAAAUUUGAGAAUAAGAGGUAUGUCUUGAAGAAGAUUCGAUUGGCUAAACAAACAGAAAAGUUCAAGCAAACUGCUUAUCAAGAGAUGAAUUUGAUAUCAAAGCUUAAUAACCCAUACAUUGUGCAGUUCAAAGAUUCAUGGGUGGAGAAGGAAUCCUAUGUAUGCAUUGUAACAAGUUAUUGUGAGGGAGGAGACAUGGCUCAAAUGAUUAAGAAAGUUAGAGGGACAUAUCUUCCUGAAGAGAUGCUCUGCAGAUGGCUGACGCAGCUGUUGCUUGCUGUGGACUACCUCCAUUCUAAUCGUGUCUUGCACAGAGAUUUGAAAUGCUCCAACAUAUUCCUUGCGAAAGAUGGCAACAUCCAGCUAGGUGACUUUGGACUUGCAAAAUUGUUGAACAAGGAGGAUCUUGCAUCCACGAUUGUAGGCACUCCGAACUAUAUGUGUCCAGAACUUCUUGCAGACAUACCUUAUGGCUACAAAUCGGACAUUUGGUCUCUAGGUUGCUGCAUGUUUGAGAUUGCUGCACAUCAACCUGCAUUUAGAGCUUCUGAUAUGGCUGGACUAAUUAACAAGAUAAAUCGCUCCUCCAUUUCUCCACUCCCAACUGUCUAUUCCUCCACAUUAAAACAAUUAAUCAAAACCAUGCUGCGGAAGAGCCCAGUGCAUAGGCCAACAGCUGCAGAGUUGUUGAGGCACCCCUAUCUACAACCAUAUCUUGCUCAAUGCCAAAAUCUAUCUCCUGUUUUUCUCCCUGUGACGUCUGAAUACAGCUGCACGGAUAAACCAAAAGGAACCCGAUUACCUAACAAGUCUAGUGUUCACAAGAAUGCCAUAGCGUUGAAAGCAAGUCCAUCAAAGGAGUGCAAAUGUUUUAACCAGGAAAAAGUUGGUGCUUUUGCACAAAGAGUAGCAGCAAAUGAUUCGCCAAAAAGUGCAGAACAAACUGAAAAGGUCACCUCAGGAACCAGUUCAGCAAGCAUCGCAAGGACUCACCAUGAUGAAGAGAAACAAGAAAUUGCUUCUGAGAAGUCCCAAAUAGUUCAAGAGAAGCUCCGUGGAGUUGGCCAAGCUGGCAUGGAAUGUAAAAGUGCUAGUUCAGGGAAUAGCAAAAGAAUGGAAAAGCUGUCUGCGGAUUCGACAGACUAUGUUGGUCUUGCUGGUUACAAAAAGGCAUCAGCAUUGGCGAUGGAUGACCAAACUAGACAUGAUCUUGAAUUGGAACCGGAAUUCUGCGAACCCCCAACAGUGACAGACAUGAAAUCAACACCAAGUAAAUCGAAACCACCUCACGGAAACGGAGAUAGACAAAAGGAAUUGAAUAGAUCCCCUAGUGACAUCUCAUCAGUGAGUUCACUGGCUUCUCUACAUGGUGAUGAAACAAAGAUUAACUGGAAUCCUCAGAGCCUGCAAAGAGCAGAUGCUCUGGAAUCACUACUAGAGAUUUGUGCAACUUUGGUUAGACAGGAAAGGUAUGAGGAGCUAGCAGGAGUACUAAGACCUUUCAGUGAAGAAGCUGUAUCAUCAAGAGAAACAGCAAUUUGGUUGACAAAGAGCCUCAUGAAACUUCACAAAAAAGGCAACGGAGCAGCUCAGCGAUGAAAUUUCUGAUAAUUCAACUAGCUAAUUCGACUGGAUCUGAUAUGGAGAGUGUAUAAAAUAGGCUGUCAAAUUUCUGUGUUCUGGCUUCUGAUAAGGCUCAUCAAGGAGUUCUUCAUGAACUACUCUGAGAAGCAGAAACCAUAAUCCAUGCACAUUGUGCUUGCAUACCAAACUAGCUAGUUUAUAACUUCCAACUUGUCAUGAUUGGUUCUGGUCUCAUGUCAGAUAAGACCAUUGAACUUAAUUUCAAUAUUUGCUUGUUUCAAGUUUUGGUUA